AUUUUUUGUUUUGUUUUUUUUGUUUUUUGUUUUUUAUACGGCAAUUUUACGAAUUACGAUUUUAUUAUUAUAAAUUGUCUUAUUAGAUAUUUAUAAUUAUUUUCUAAGACGAAUAUAUAAAAAUCCAUGAGAUUAUUAAGUCGAUAUUUGAGAGUUAUUUUUUGUUUUUUAUUAUUUUUUUAUUUUUUUAUUUUUUUAUUUUUUUAUUGAAAGAUACAUGCAUGCAGCAUUUGUUCUGUCUUACGAAAGAUUUUAACAUCAUCGUAUAUUUCAUUAGCCGUCCAAAUUAUAUUUUCAAAAGACACGCAUGUGACGUUCGACACAGAGUCCAUUCGAUGUUUAAUACUACGACUUAUUUAUAUUAUAUUUACUAUUAAUAAUGUGUCUACGGUUCUAACGUAUUUCUAAAUCAUUGAUAAGGUACGCUAUGUAAAGCUCGCAAAUGUGUCCUUCGUACCCUAUGAGCGAGCGAAUGAACGGAUAAUUGGCAAUCGAUAUUUUUUAAGCAGAUAAGAUUUUACUAGAUAAAUAAUUUGAAACUAAUAUAAUAUAUGCGAUUUCUUCAAAGAUUGUUAUUUUUAUAGGCUGUGCAAAUCAUUAGAGAAAAAAAUAAAGAAGAAAAAAAAAAUAAAAAAUAAUAUAUAUAAUAUAUAUAAAUAUAUAUAUAUAUAUAUAUAUAUGUAUAUAUAGGUAACAUAUCGAAGUGAAGAUAAUGACCUUCAAAUUGUAUCUAAAUCGAUUAUAGUAUAGGAAAGGAAAAAGAUCAUAGAAUAAUAAACUGCGAUCAAUUUUUCUCUAUUAACAAUGAUGAUCCUCUCUCUCUCUCUCUCUCUCUUUUUCUCUCCCUCCCUCCCACUCUCUUUCAUUCUCUCUCUCUCUCUCCCUCUCUUUCUCUCUUCAAAUUAUUUAUCUGUCUUACGUGUAAUUUCUCUCGAAAUUACACAAUCGACUCUAACGAGAUAUGGUUGUUACAUACAAGUCGGUGUCUAACAUAUAAAUACAUACACAAAGAUAGGCAUACACACUGUAUAUAUCGUAUAUACAUAUAUACGCACAUUAUAUAUAUAUAUACAUACAUAUACAUAUAUACAUGUGUAUAUACACAUAUACUCUUAAAACAUUUAAUCAUCCCAAAAUGUAGUGACCAUCGGGUUUAUUUACAAGACAGUGCGGCAAAAUAAACAUACAUGCCGUAUCAACUCGAAAAGUCUCCCCUCUGACUCCCUUUCUAUCAACGGAAAUCAAUGAUAAAGAAUUUAAUACUCGUGCAAAAUUACUGUCUUACGAUACUCGAAUAUUUCUUGAAGGGGGAGAGAGAGAGAGAGAGAGAGAGGGAGAGAGAUAUCAAUUGCUAUUAAUAUAAUUUUCAUGUGCUACAUAGAAACAUACAGAUACACAUUGGAAGGGAAACAUCAUUUUGAAAUAUAUAUAUAUAUAUAUAUAUAUAUAUAUAUAUAUAGAUAUUAUCGGCGGAAAUGUACCGAGUUAUUAAAUUCUAUGUUCCUUUUUUAUUUGUUUCUUUUUUUUCUUUUCUUUUUUAAUUUUUUUCGUUUUCUUUUUCGCGUAUGAACCGAUUAGCUUAUGCUACAAUGAACGAUAGAAUGAGAUAUGUGUAUUGUUAUAACUUAUGAAAGGAGAAUAGUAAUUUUCUCUCUCUCUCUCUCUCUCUCUUUCUCUCUUUGUCCAAUUUAUCUUUUCAAAUAAAUUUCAAAUAUAAUGCUUUUUUCUCGCUAUUUGAAUAUAUAAGAAUAUUUCCCAAUAAGAAUAUCGAUGCUGUAGACACAGUAGAAUAAAUGUAAGAUAUUCCGACUAAAGGUAUCAAGGUAAGAAGGUUAAGAGAGAGAGAGAGAGAGAGAGAGAGAGAGAGAGAGAAAAAAAGAGAGAGAGAGACGGUUAAAAGAAAAAAGAGAUAGAUAAAGAAGGAGAUAGAUAGAUAAAGCGAUAAAUAGAGUAUGCGUGCAAAGAUUAAAAAAAAAAAAAAUGAAAAAUAAAAAAAUAGAAUAGAAUAAAAUAGAAUUAACAUUUAUCAUCUUAAUUAUAUCAUCUUACAUACACUAUUUCUAACAAUAUUUAUAAUAUUUAGAAAAUAAAUGAUAUAAAUACAUAGUAGAUAAGAUUUAAUAUAGUACAAUGUGGAUCUUUGAAGGAAGAGUAAAAGAGAGAGAGAAAGAAAGAGAGAGAUAGAGAGAGAAAGAGAAGCAAAGAAAGGUAUAUAUAGAGGGCAAUGUCGGAAAACGAACGGACAUGCGUAAGAUCGAACGAUAUAUACCAUAUAUACCAACCGUGGAAGGCAGUCUCGUUUAAACUUCGCACGAGAACGGACGUAUGUAUUUACAUUUCGCGCAACGACGAGGAACUAUUGAACUCUUAAAGACAUCUUGUAAAACGAUCUAUAUUGUGAAAGAGAGAAAGAGACAGAAAAAAAGAUAGAGAGAGAAAGCGAGAGAGAGAGAGAGAGAUUAUUCCUGGCUUACACGAAGAGGAACGAUAGAGAGAAGAGAUAAGCUCCUCUUUUUCAAGAGAGGAAGAGAGAGAGAGAGAGAGAGAGAGAGAGAGAGAGAGAGAGAAAGAAAGAAAGAGAAAGAAAGAGAGAAAUCGCGUUUCGUUGAUACAAUGACGAUCUAUUGUAUUUUACGUUCAACAACGUCUCUUUGAACGAGUCAGCAAGAAGAGAAUUAUCCAAGACCGAGAGAGAGAGAAAGAGAGAGAGAGAUAGAGAAAGAGAAAGAGAGAAAGAGAAAGAGAGAGAUAGAGAUAGAGAUAGAGAGAGAGAGAGAGAGAGAGAGAGAGAGAGAGAAAGAAAAAAGAGAAAGAAAAAAGAGAAAGAAGGGAUCCUAACGUUAUGGAAGCAGUAGAGGAAAUCAACAACAGUCGGCGCAAUUUACAAGAGAAAUGGCGCGAACGACAAAGAAUAUUUUGUCAAAAUGGAAGUAUUACGGCAAAAGGAUGGUGCCCUGAGAUUUGGGAUGCAAUAAUUUGUUGGCCUUCUACUCCAUCAGGUGAAAUGGCCGUUCAUUCUUGUCCUGAUUACAUCGUAGGAUUCGAUACUCAGGGAAAUGCAACAAGGCAAUGCAUGUCUAACGGCGAAUGGUACUGGAGUUCCGAGACAAAUAACACUUGGAGCAAUUACACGCAGUGCUAUACGACACAAUCAGUUACAGUUGUAAUGGACAUACCGGGUGUUCACUCGAACAAUGUCACUCUUAUUAAGAAGUAUUUCCCCAUACUGAAAGCCAUUUCAAAAGUGGGAUAUAGUGUGUCCUUAUUCACGCUAAUUAUAGCAUUUUGCAUUCUUGCAAUUAUUAAAUUUUUACGUAGGAAAUUGAGAUGCCCAAGAAACAUGUUACAUAUGCACACGUUUGCUUCGUUUAUGAUGCGAGCAUCUAUGGCACUAUUAAAAGAUACUCUCUUCAUAUUUGGAAUCGGUCUUUCAUCGGACAUCCUUAUUAAAGAUGGUGAAAAUUAUUUACUCCACAACGAAUCUGAAAGUAAUUGGAAUUGCAAAAUGUUCACCAGUAUCUGGCAAUAUUUCUUAUUGGCGAAUUAUUUCUGGAUUCUCAUGGAGGGUCUUUAUCUUCAUAAUUUAGUCUUCCUGGCACUGUUUGCCGACGCAAAUUCGAGCAUAGCCAUUUACGUUGGCUUAGGAUGGGGAUUACCAAUGGUAUUUGUAAUAUCUUGGAUUAUAUCUAGGAUUAUCUACGAGAAUACUUUUUGUUGGACGACUAAUCAAAAUCCAUAUUUAUUUUUAUUGAUUCGAAUACCGACUAUGCUUUCUAUACUGAUUAAUUUUGUUCUCUUCGUCAACAUCGUACGUGUACUAUUGUCUAAGCUAAAGUGCACCGUAUCGGAGGAAACUCAAAGAUACAAACGAUGGGCAAGAAGUACUUUGGUUCUGGUGCCACUAUUUGGAGUACAUUAUACAAUUUUCUUAGGUAUGUCCUAUAGUAUGGGGGUCGAUGAAACGGUAGAACUAGUUUGGCUUUUUUGCGAUCAAUUCUUCGCUUCGUUCCAGGGCUUUUUCGUAGCAGUACUCUAUUGUUUCAUGAACAGAGAAGUUAGAGCCGAGAUAUCGAGGGCAUUAAGAAGCAAUAAAUGGAGCCACUUUCGAUACGACUCAAGGCCUACCAUUCCAUCGGGUAGUGUAUGCAGUUGUAAUACCUCGAAAUUUGGACGACGUGGUAAAAGACCAAAAUGGUUGGCAAAACAAUGGCCAUGUUUCUAUCACGAUCGCGAAGCUCAUCGUUCAACGCACUCGAUGGCGAGUACACAAGAUAUUGGAACGCGAGGAGGUAGUUUAGCUAGCAGCAGGGGUUACCUGGAUGUCAUUGGGAACAGAUCCAACAUUCUAUCGAUGGAUCAUCAUAAAUGCAUCAUGAGUCAUACUACGCCGCUUUGUAGUAAAUGUACAAAUCAAUCAUUAUUAUCGUUUUCCUCGAAUAUGUCCGAAAUGUCCAUGAAUGCGGAAAAGAUUCGUGAACGGCACAGAUGGAGUGACUCGGAAUGUUGUCAGCUUACUUACGAAUUGCACAAUCUUCAACAUCAUACGUAUCACUGACACUAUUAUUAUGCAUUAGACUUUUAAAGAGCACGUUUAACUUUCAUUUGAUCUCUCUCUCUCUCUCUCUUUCCCUUUCUCUCUCUUUCUCUCUCUCUCUCUCUCUCUCUCUCUUUCUUUCUCUCUCUCUUUCUUUCUCUCUUUCUCUCGAAGCCAGUCUCAUGUCGUAUCUAUAUUCGCAAUCAUGUAACGUUCGAGAAUUAUUGUUUUAUUGGAGAAUAUGCUUCGCUGGACUAUUGUAACAAAAAAACGUUUUGUAAAAAUGGAUACAUACAUAUAUCUAUAUGUGUGUGUGUGUGUGUGUGUGUGUGUGUGUGUGUGUGUGUGUGUAUCAAUUCAAGACACAAUGGUAUUUGAUCUAUACAAAUACUUUGAAAAAAAAAUAUAUAUAUACAUAUAUAUAUUUUUUUUUUUUAUUAUGCUUGAGAGAUGUAAAAUAAUAUAUUUAGAAAAGAAAAUAUUAAUAUUUAAACAACUUAUGUCAUGGUUCGAAUUUGUGAACGAAUUUAUCGAACGUGUGGUAUAAAAGUACAUGUUCCUAAUUUAUAACUUAGUAUCGUAAAUUUAUAACUUCAUUGUAAUUGAUAUUUAUUCUUAUUCAAAUUUGUCAUAUUAAUCAUGCAAUAUAAAUGUAUUCGUCCUUAUAGUUGGACAUAAGUAUCGCGAAUCGAUUACUACUGCUGCCAAUUAUACAGUAAAUAUCAUUUAUUAUAUUAGAAGGAAUAUAAACCUUUUAUCCUAAAAAGAAAAUUCAUUUCUAUGAUAAAUCUAAAUCGAUGAAAUCAACAAAUCGUAAACGAUGACACUUUAAUUAGAAAAAUAUUAUUUAUAUAACAUGCAAUCUUUAUGUAAUUCUAAUGUCUUUUGAUGAUAUAUUCAAAGAAACAAAUUACCCGUUACAUAAACCAAGUUAGAGUCAAUACCAAUACUCCAAACUAAUUAAAUAUUAUUUACCAAUGGAAUUGCCAUUUGCUCUAAUGAUAGGUAGAGCUCUCUAUACCAUAAUGAUAUCUAUGUAAUUGUCUUUGUUCAAUGUAAAAAAAAAAAAAAAGAGAAAAAAGAAAGAAAAAGAAUUAUAAGUAAAAUUUAAAUUUAUAAAAUUAAAUUAUGGUGAACGUUAUUGUGUCAAUGUUGCAGUAAAAUUAAGAAAAUUAUGUACACUUAGUAUUUCUGUUUAGUAUUCUUUGUGGCUUGCUUACAGUGCUAGUUAAAUUUCCUCAUAUAUGUCUAUAUAUAUUGACAAAAAUUAUUUAAUUUAUUAUAUCAACAUGCGAAUAUUUUAUACUUAUUUAUCCUUC